AUGUCAAACCGAGUUUUCAUGAAAAAGGGGUUCCUCACUCUAAUGGGCACUCACCUUGUAAACUUUCUAACCAAACAAAACCAACAAAAAUCACUCUGUGUUUCCAUUUCCAUUCGAUCAAAAACAACAUCUAUCCAAUAUGUAGAAUCACGACAUAGAGACCCCACUUUUGAGAAAUUCAUGGAAAAGUACAAGAACCUUCUCAAAGUCAUUGCCAUUCAAGACCUUAUUCUUGCUAACCCCAAAAACCAAUCCGUCUCUGUUGAUUUCCUCUCCAAUCUCUCCCAGAAGCUCCACCUCAACCGCGGUGCCACUGCCUUCCUCCGCAAGUUUCCUCAUAUCUUCCAUAUUUACUAUGAACCUUCCAAGUUGCAGCCUUUUUGCAGGUUAACUGAUGCUGCUUUUGAUGUCUCACGCAUUGAAGCCGAGGCUAUUAAUGCUUCUUUGCCUCUUGUUGUUGAAAGGCUUGUUCGGAUAUUGUCCAUGUCUGCUUCCAGAACUGUUCCUCUUAGAGCUAUUUUUAAGGUUUGGAGGGAGCUUGGUCUUCCUGAUGAUUUUGAGGACUCGGUUAUAGCUGGGAAUCCUAGUGUUUUUCAGCUUUGUGAUGCAGAUGAAGUAAAUACUCAUUUGUUGAAGCUGGUUGGUGAUGUUCCCAGCAAUUGUUUUAGAGCUUCUGUUGAGGAAUGGAGGGUUGUUGAGUGUUGUAAAGAGGAGUGCAGUGUUAAUAGCAUGAAAAUGCGGUAUAGUUUCAAACAUGUGUAUCCUCCAGGGAUGAAGUUGAGCAAGAACUUUAGAGCCAAAGUGAAGGAAUGGCAGAGUUUGCCUUAUAUGGGGCCUUAUGAGAUGGUUGGUGAGAAGAAGAAGUCGUCAAAGGCUGGUAUGAUGGCGAUGGAGAAAAGAGCAGUCUCCAUUGUUCAUGAGUUUCUGAGUUUGACAGUGGAGAAGAUGGUGGAAGUUGAGAAGAUAAGUCAAUUUAGAAAAUGGUUUGGGAUUGAUUUAAAUAUAAGAGAUCUGUUCUUGGAUCACCCGGGAAUCUUCUAUUUGUCAACUAAGGGUAAAAGGCACACUGUUUUCCUGAGGGAAGCUUAUGAGCGUGGUUGUUUGAGACAGCCAAAUCCUGUUUAUGAUGCAAGGAGAAGGCUGCUUGAUCUUGUUGCUUUAGAACGUCGGGGCUUACCUGCUGUUAAUUCCAAGUUGCAGAACAAAAGCAGUAGCAACGAGGUUGAACAAGGGGACAACAUGCAAAGCGGGGAUAGUUUAUCAUCUUUUGACUAG